CAGGACCGCUACAGUCCCCUGCAGCGCACGUUGGACACGUGGGCCUUCUUCGGGGUGUUCCGGCUGCGGCUGUGGCUGCUGGAUCAGCGGUGGAGCUACCCGGGGGGGUACUCGGAGGAGCGGAGGAGGGAGCGGGGCAGGGGGCUGGCAAGGUACCUGCUCAACAGCAUUCUGCAGCUGGGGCCCACCUUCAUCAAGAUCGGCCAGCUGUUCAGCACCCGGUCCGACCUGCUGCCCGCCGAGUUCGUGCAGGAGCUGUCCACACUGCAGGACCGUGUCCCCGCCUUCCCCGCCUCCAGAGCUCUGGCCAUCAUCCAGGAGGACCUGGGCCGACCCGUGGGUCAGCUCUUCGCGGAAUUCGACCCGCGACCCAUCGCAGCGGCCAGCCUGGGGCAGGUCCACCGCGCCACGCUACCGAGUGGUGAGGCGGUGGUGGUCAAGGUGCAGCGGCCGGGGUUGCGGCAGCUGUUCGACAUCGACCUGGCCAACAUGCGGGCGCUGGCGGAGCAGCUGGACAGGGGGGAGGAGGGGAGGGACUUCACGUCCAUCUACUACGAGUGUGCUGCCGUACUGUACCGCGAAAUCGACUACCUCAAUGAGGGGCGCAAUGCCGACAGGUUCAGGCGCAACUUCCGCUCCUCCUCUCUUCCCUGGGUUCGUGCCCCCAGGGUGUACUGGCAGUACUGCGGCCCGCGGGUGCUGGUGCUGGAGUACCUGCCAGGUAUCAAGAUCAGCGAUGUGCCCCGCCUGGCCUCCGCGGGUGUGGACCUGCAGCGGGUGGCAGCUCGGGCCACGGAGGCGUACCUGGUGCAGAUGCUGAGACAUGGGUUCUUCCAUGCAGACCCGCACCCGGGCAACAUCAGCGUGGACCCCCGCACAGGCGACCUGCUGUUCUACGACUUUGGGAUGAUGGGCGAGAUCGUGCCGGACGUGCGGGAGCGGCUCAUGGAUGUGUUCUACGGCGUCUACCGCAAGGACACCGACCUGGUGCUCAGGUCGCUCGUGUCGCUGCAGGUGCUGCGCCCCAGCGGGGACACCACCUCGGUACGGCGGGCGCUGCGCUACUUCAUAGACAACAUCGCGCGGCAGGCGGAGAGGCAGGAGACGAUACAGGCCAUUGGAGAGGACUUGUUCGCAAUCGCUGUGGACCAGCCCUUCAGGUUCCCCGCCACCUUCACCUUCGUGCGGCGCGCCUUCUCCACCCUGGAGGGCCUGUGCAAGGGACUGGAC